CGCAACUCAGAUCAGUACAGUACAAUACAAAGACAAUGGCAAACGCGGCCUCGGGAUGGGAUCAAUCCGCUGUCUACUACACUCACGUUCUUCCCGCAGAGGAACACGAGAAUGCCCCGAGGGAACUUGAGCGCUCCUUCGAGACCUUCAUCCAAGAGUUCCGCCUCGACAAAUCGUACAUCUAUCGUGACCAAUUACGCGAAAACGUGCUGGUCAAGCAGUACGUUCUUGAAGUGGACGUUGGCCACUUGAUCGGUUACAAUGAAGACCUUGCGCAUGUGCUCGUCAACGAGCCAGCCGAUAUGCUGCCUCUGCUUGAGUCUGCCGUGAAGAGGUGCGCACGGCGCAUAAUCUACCCCGGCUCGGACGACUCCAAAGUAUUCCCCGACUGUCAAGUCACGUUGAAAUCAGAAUCAAAUUUGAUUGCAAUCCGAGAUCUUAACGCAAGCUACAUCUCCAAGCUCAUCCGCAUUCCGGGUAUCGUCAUCGGCGCCUCCACGCUUUCCUCAAAGGCCACACAUCUCAACAUCAUGUGCAAGGCUUGCAAAAACACAAAGAACAUUGCUAUCAGCGGGGGUUUCAGUGGUAUUGCUCUUCCGCGUACAUGCGAUAGCGUGCCUCCUCUUGGUUCAGAGAAAGACUGUCCCAUGGACCCUUUCGUAAUCAUUCACGACAAGUGCACCUUCAUCGACCAACAAGUGCUAAAAGUCCAGGAGGCUCCAGACAUGGUGCCUGUGGGAGAACUUCCCCGUCAUAUCCUCGUCAGCGCAGACCGGUAUCUGACAAACAAAGUUGUACCCGGUACGAGAUGCACGAUUACGGGAAUUUACUCUAUCUACCAGAACAAGCAAGUGAAAGGUGCUGGAGCCGUGGCGAUCAGGAAUCCUUAUGUUCGCGUCGUUGGUCUUCAGGUCGAAAGAGACGGAAAUGCUAAGGGUAUGAACAUAUUCAGUGACGAGGAAGAAGAGGAGUUCUUGCAACUGUCGCGAAACCCAAACCUGUACGAGAUGUUCGCCAAUAGCAUUGGCCCUUCGAUCUAUGGUAAUGAGGAUAUCAAGAAGGCUAUCGCAUGUCUCUUGUUUGGCGGAUCCAAGAAGAUCCUACCCGAUGGUAUGAAACUGCGUGGUGAUAUCAACGUACUACUUCUUGGUGAUCCUGGUACCGCGAAGUCCCAGCUGCUGAAGUUUGUUGAAAAAGUAGCCCCGAUCUCUGUCUAUACGUCAGGAAAGGGUUCCAGUGCUGCUGGUUUGACUGCUUCGGUCCAACGUGACGCGCAGUCCAGGGAAUUUUAUCUCGAAGGCGGAGCCAUGGUGCUUGCGGAUGGAGGUGUGGUUUGUAUCGAUGAGUUUGACAAGAUGAGGGAUGAGGAUCGAGUCGCAAUUCACGAAGCCAUGGAGCAGCAGACUAUUUCCAUUGCCAAGGCAGGUAUCACCACCAUUCUGAAUUCUCGAACAUCAGUGCUAGCGGCAGCGAACCCCAUCUUUGGACGCUACGAUGAUAUGAAAACACCGGGUGAGAACAUCGAUUUCCAGACCACCAUCCUGUCCCGUUUCGACAUGAUCUUCAUUGUCAAGGACGAGCACAACGAGAACAGGGACAAGAGUAUCGCCCGCCAUGUCAUGAACAUUCAUAUGAACCGUGCCAUUCCCGAAAACCAAGCCGUGGGAGAAAUUCCCAUCGAAAAGAUGAAGCGAUACAUCACUUACUGCAAAGCGAAGUGUGCACCUCGCUUGACGCCUGAAGCAGCCGAGAAGUUGUCGAGUCAUUUCGUUGCUAUCCGAAAACAGAUUCAUCAAGUUGAACGUGACAGCAAUGAGAGAUCGAGUAUUCCCAUCACCGUCCGUCAGCUCGAGGCUAUCGUCCGAAUCACCGAGUCAUUAGCGAAGAUGACGCUUAGUCCAGUUGCUGACGAAGAACACGUUGAUGAGGCAAUCAGACUAUUCUUGGCAUCGACGAUGGACGCCGUGUCCAACCAGGGUGCCUCAAGACAGGAGCUGGUAGAGGAAGUUACCAAGAUCGAAGCAGAGUUACGGCGUCGGCUGCCCAUCGGUUGGAAAACAUCAAUGGCUCAUUUGACAAGGGAGUUCGUGAACGGGAGAGGAUACUCCCAGCACGCCUUGGAAAGAGCUUUACAAAUCAUGGAGCGUCGCGAAACAAUUCAGCUUUCGAACCAGCGGCGAACAAUCUUCAGAUCCGGCGUCUGAUUGGAACCCUUUUGGAUAAAAGUUACUACCAAGGGUCAUACUCGGGUCGGCUUCUUUUGUUUUCUGGCGUUAAUGAUUUCAAUCCCUUUCAAUAUAUUCCUUACGUUCAGAUCAUG